UUAGGCCUGAUUGUGCGGAGUAAGGAAGUUUAGGCCUUCCCUUGGGUCCAGAGGGGCGUGACUGCCUCCGAGACCCCCUCGUCAUUUCUGUGCCCCUUCUCCGGUGAGCUCAAAGCCCGCCUGAGGGAGGGCAGCUUCCGGUGACUGUCCAACAUUCGGUCCUAAGACCUAGCACCCGGACGGAAGUUCUACAGAGCUCUGCGCAACUCCCGCCCUCACACAGGCGAGCAGUCAGCUGCAUCCUUCCCCAAGAUCCCUCAAAAUAGAUAAUCGCAACCUUCUGAUGAGCUAUCAUGCACAAGCAGCAAGAGGCAGAGGCCAUCCAUGGACGGUCUAGAAUGAAUGAUAGCUGUCUCAAGGUGUGAUUCCUGAGGAUUUGGACUGGCAGUGAAGACUGUUUUCAGAAGUCACUUUCCCUGCUUCCUGAAAAUGCAUUCCUUAUCAGAACCCCCGAAGCCAUGCAUUGGAGUCUGAUUUCUUAUCUACUACAAAAGGAAGCUGAGUGAUAGGCAGUGAGACCUACAGGGAAAUCAGGGGCAGCUGGUGAUAGUCAGCCAGUGAACCUGAGCUGGGUGGGCACAGAGCAAGCAUUGUCAAGAUUCAAAGAACUUGUGCCUUGCUGGGUGCAGAAGGUGGAGUAGAGUAGAACCUAAACAACAGCACUCACACCUGCAUCCCUCCUGUCUGUCACUGUCACCACCAGUCUCACACUUACCAAAAUGUACUUUUCCCUUCUCCAAACUCUGUCUUAAACUCUGUGAAGAAUAUAGUGCAUCUUCAAAAGCAUUUAUUUUCUUGAGGAAGCCCAGGUCAGAGAUCUCCACUUCCUUGUCAGCCAUCCCUGUUAACCUUCUAGACAAAUUGUCCCUCAUUUGGCAAAGAAGAAUCAGGUUGGAAGAACAACAGAACAGAGGUCCAAUGAUGUCAUCUAAAGAAUCUAGGUGAACUUAGGAAGCUGAAUCCUCCAGAGAGGGUCUGAGGCCUGGCCCAUCCCUCUCUUCAUCUCAUACCUCAGCUAUGAGCAGGCCUGGGACCCCAGAUGGCCCUGCCCUGGGUGUGGCAGGACCCUGAAGCCCAGGGAAGUUAAGUAACUUGCUGAGUCACAAAACGGUACUACCCUACAAGUUGUGACAUGGGAAGAGUGACCUGGACCUUUCUCUUGGUGCUGGCAGGUCUGCCUGUCUUGGAAACCAACGAGCUGUUUGAUAAAGAUAGUCCCUUCUACUAUGACUGGGAAAGUUUGCAGCUGGGUGGGAUGAUCUUCGCAGGGCUCCUGUGUGCCGCUGGAUGCGCUAUGGCCCUGAGUGGCAAAUGCAAAUGCAAGCACAAUCAGACCCCCAGUCCCUUACCUGAUAAAACCACACCACUCAUCACUCCAGGCUCUGCCAAUACCUGUUGAGCACAGGACCAGCUUGGAAGGACUCCUCAUGACCUCAGCCUUUGCCAGUGGCUGCUCCUAUCUGCCCACUGGAGGCUUUACCCUCUGAAAUGGUUUCUCUUCCAGGAUAGGUUGUCAGGAGCUCUUCCGGUCAGGGGGCUGUCCAAAAUUUAUAUAUAAAUUAAACUGGUCUCAUCACUCUCUCAAGCGAUCUGUGACUGUCUAUGGGUCUGGGAGGAAAUGGCAGAGGGCCUUCUGUAGAUUGUUCCUUGUGGACUCCUGUGUGUCUAGAGGCUCACUUAUAGAGAACCUCCCCAUUAUUGGCUCCCUCCUACACACAUACCAUGCCUCCCAUUCUAGCAAGCCCCACAGGGAUUCAUGCACCACAUAAGACACUACAAUGAUUUA